AUGGACCCAGAGGUGAUGGAGCGUCUGACAAGAAUGCAAUUGGCUGACCUUGGAAGCCGUAGACGCGAACACAUCUCAACCGUGGAGUCCAGAGGCCCCCGUGCCACAACGCACAUACAGGACAUCGAGGCGAAGAGAUGGACUCAUCAACAGGGAUCAGCGGCCCAACGUCUCGCUGCAGAGAAUGUGUCCAAACUCGAUCGCUGGAACAACGUACAUCAGACCAUCGGAGACACCCAGGACAUGGAACAUCUUGAUAGUCUCAACAGCGGACAGAGUCACCGUGCCAACCUCACUGCCGCCAUCCGCGAUCUUGGUAGCCAUAACCUCGAAAGGAACAAACCAGGAGGCAAGAAGAAGAAGACACCCAUAUAUGCAUCUGUCUUCAACGUGGGAACCAAAAGGAAGAGCGGAGAGCCUCCUGAUGACGGGCAACAUCGAGCUCGUCCUCCCGCCCCUACACGUCUUGCGAACCCCGGCGCUACCGAAGGUCGCAGGGAUAACAGCAGCAAGAGAUGUCCUCACAAGGGCGGACGAGCUGUCUCUUCGGCUACCCGUACCAGGAGAUCAUUAUCGGUUCCCACACUCAAAGCAGUAGUGGCCCCAGCUACAGCCUUUGCUCCUCCUACUGCUCUCCCAGCUCCUCCUCCAGUUGCUCCUCCAGUUGCUCCUCCAGUUGCUCCUCCAGCUGAUUCUCAAGCUGCUCCCGCGCAGACUGUACCUGUAUCCACGGCAUCCUCAACCGCCAAACCAAUCACCGAUAUCAAGACAGGAAUUCUGCUGGACUUUGACGCUCCCCUCGAACUAUCGCCGUCCAAGACCUACAACGAAGACUUGAGAGGCUUAGACUUCCAAGUGCCCGAUAACAAGCCCCCAAAACGUACUCCACGACAAGUCUACACGAUCGAAGAGCUGAAGCGUCUUGAACCGAAGCCGGAGGCCACCAAGCCCAAGAGCCAGAAGCCUGUCACUCAGCAGCCAGUGGUCUCAACUGGUGGGCUUCCCAAGGUUAGGGCUCCCAGCUCAGUACCUUCAGGGAGCAUCUCCAUGCCAAAGUCUUCGAAACCCACUGUCUCUGGCUCUGAAAUCGCCAAACCUCAACCCGUCAAGUCAGGUACCCAAAUGCCCCGAGAUCCCAAAUCUAAUAUCUCCAUUCAUGCCGCCCCCCAGCGAGAUGCUUCCAACCCCAUCGCCCUGAAGGCACCCCGUCUCAAGCCCGAUGCGCCAGCGUGGGAGCCCCCCAGGCCAGCGGCAUCUAAGCCCAACACCGCUACGUCUGAGUCAGUCAAAUAUCCCCCUCCAGAGGGAAGACGGACCCUAUCGCUCAUUGGCGAUCACCUUCUACCGGGAAGGGGAGGAAAGAAAGCUACUGGGCUCGAGGGUUCCAUUUAUGCCAGCUAG